AUGGCUCUAGUUUUUGUGUUGAUGCUAACGUUAGCGUUGGCUCUUGCAGCACCCGAUUGGACCGAUUGUCCUUCCCCGUGCCACUGUAAAUGGAUUUCCGGGAAAAGGACCGCUUUCUGCAAGAAGCAAGGCUUAACCCAAGUCCCAGCCUAUUUGGAUGAAGGCAUGCAAGUCCUGGAUUUAUCUCAAAAUUCCAUACCGAAAUUGCAGAAGGCAGCAUUUCAAUCUGUGGGUCUGAUUAACCUCCAGAGGAUUUAUUUGAUGAAUAGCGGCAUUAGCGAGGUACAUCAGGACGCGUUCAAGGAACUAAUUAUCCUUGUAGAGAUAGAUUUGUCUAAUAACAAUAUUAUGCUUUUACAUCCUCAAACAUUUUACGGAAAUGAACGUUUAAGGAUACUUUAUCUUAAUGGUAAUCCUCUACGACAGUUGACAAAAGCUCAAUUUCCCGUUUUACCGCAUUUAAGGAAUCUGGAGCUGGAAGGAUGCCAGUUGCAAUUUAUUCACCGGGAUGCAUUUGAGCACCUUACUGCAUUGGAAACUUUAAAUCUUAAAAAUAAUUUAUUACGAAACUUGUCGGAGGCGACAUUCAUGAGUUUCGCCCAUUUGAAAACUUUGAUGCUCGAAGGUAAUCCUUGGAAAUGCAACUGCGAACUUCGAGGUUUUCGAAACUGGUUUUUGGCUAGUAAACUUUAUUCCGUGUCCCAGUUGUGCUAUGAGCCGGAAAUCCUAACAGAUCAGCGUUGGGAAGAUGUCGAUUCGACGGAAUUUGCAUGUGUACCACAAGUUUUUGCUUAUCCACAGCAUCAAGUGCAAGCGGAAGCCAGUGGAAAUAUUAGUUUCGGUUGUCGCGUAAUUGGUGAUCCAGAACCAAAAGUAUCCUGGUUAUUUGAAGGUCAUCCAAUCAAUCACACUUGGCUUGUUAUUGAAGCUGAAGAAGGACUAUUGGAUAAGUGGGUGAAUAUCACAGUUUACAACGUUAGCGAAAUAGAUGUCGGAUUAUAUACUUGCGUGGCGAAAAAUGUGCUUGACUAUGCGGAAGUUAACGUCAGUUUGGUGUUGCCUGAAGUUGUAACCGCUACAACUCUCAGCAAAUCAGAGUCGGUGGUGGUUUGGUGGGGCUUAAUAUUGAUCGGGAUUGUUUUAAUACUGUCUACUGUGAUAACUGUUUCAGCAGUGUGUUGUGCCCGCAACAGGAACAAUUUGCAGGGUCGUAACAUUCAAGCGAGUGUAAGCUUUACGGACCAAGAAAAAAAACUGUUGGAUGUGAGUAUCGCUACUACCACAGAUAGGGGGACCGGUAGUUCGGAAGCUAUCGGUCCAGAAAUGGACAUGAUGGAACCACCAGUGCAUAUCACAAUCGAGCGCGAGCCGCUUCCAAUGGUGGUUUUCCCACCGCCACCCGAAUUUUCCACCAGUACCCUUCCGGCUGGUGCGUACGGGAACAUUUUCAUUUCAGUUUCGGUAAGUCGCGAUCCAAAUAUCGUGGACGUUUCCAGGUGUCCGGACUUACUCGAUCUGCCCCACAGACCAAAACCAAUAUACCAUGGUAUGGCGACGCUUCCUCGAAGACCAUUGCCCGUACCGAUGAAGUAUGAUAAUAUGGGUCCACGAGUGACAGCCGGGGGUAGUUGUUCGACGUUGUCCUUGCCAGACGCUACUGCUGAUCCAAAGCUGACAGAGCUCCCUGCUAAUCCCAGCAAGUCUCCCCUUUGUGUCCCCGUUAUCGCCCAAGAAUUUGUCUCUCUCUAA